AUGGCCCAGCGAAGCCCAAUCUUCCCAACUCUUGCCCCUUCUGAAAGACGGGUUCGAAACAUACCGCUGCAUAGCCAGGCAUUGACAGCGGUCCCGUUGGCAUCUGCAAGCCUGGUGGAUCAGCUGGAAGACAGAAUCCUAAGCCAUGAGAAAACAACGGCGGCUCUUGUGGAACACGCUUUUCGCAUUAAGGAGGACAUUGUUUCCACUCUGCACAGAAUGCAGAACAAAGGGGGGGGUGACCGGUUGGCUAGGCAACUCUUGGAAGAACAUAUCCGAAACAUAACGGCAAUAGUGAGGCAGCUUAAUCGGGACAUUGAGAUGCUGCAGGAACAGAUACGUGUCAGAGACAAUCUCAGCUAUGGAACAAAUUCUACCCUGAAGAGUCUGGAAAUGCGGCAGCUUUCUGGUUUAGGAGAUCUUCGGGGAAGAGUUGCAAGGUGUGAUGCUGGCUUAGCCAGACUGUCUGCAGAGCACAAAAUUACAUAUGAAAGACUUCAGAGCCUAACUAAAGACCAACAUACCUCCAAGCUGAUCUUAGAAUCUAAAAUUAAAGAGGCGGAAAUACAGAUUUCUCAUCUUCUGAGCAGAGUAGAGCAAUCAAUAAUGCAACAAGAGGCAAAGCUGAAGAUUGCCUACAAAGACAGCAACCAACAGCUCCACCUUCUGGAUAUGAAAUUAAAAAAUGCUACUGAGGAACUCAGCAGCCAGAUUUUGUCUGCACGUAGCUGGUUGGAACAGGAACAUGAAAGGAUUGAAAAAGAGCUUGUGCAAAAAAUUGACCAACUCUCAUUGACUUUAAAGGAAAACACUGAAAUGAGUGAAAGAGCUAUAGAGAUGAAAUUCAACCAAAUGGUAGAGAAAAUUGACAAAAUAGAAGAAAUACAGAAGAUAACCAUGGAAGCACAUGAAGCAAAACAGACUGAAGAAAAGAUAAAUAUUCGCAUUGGCAAACUUCAAAAUGAGAUAAAUGAAGAUAUAAAAGAAAUGAAAGCUGAAGUUAAUGCUGGAUUUGCAGCUAUCUAUGAGAGCAUUGGGUCUCUACGGCAAGUUCUAGAAGCGAAAAUGAAGCUGGACAGAGACGAACUACAGAAGCAGAUCCACCAAAUGAAGCAGGAGAUUCCAACAUGGGGAGAGGCUGGACCAUGACUCCAAGAAUUUGUCUGAGAGAUUAAUAUUUACCUGGCUAAACAGGCAGACUAUAAUCUUGUUCCAGUCUGUAAUUCAAAUUAAAUGCAUGUACCAAAUGACAUGCUGCUGUUGCACAGGUCCGUAUGCUUACUGAAAGUGGUAAAUGCAAGCUCUUCAUAGAUCAACUGACAACAAGCUUUUAGGGCCGAGGUACUGAUUUGCCACUGCACUACUCUAGUUGCUCUCAGGAGAUUAAGCACUGCAUAAAACUGGAGUAAUAUAUUGGUGAAGCUGGCACCUAAUUUGCUAAAGGCAUUCCAGUACUCCCCAGUUUUCAAGGUUUGAUCAGGCAGGUAUAUGCUUUAUAUAU